AAAGUUACUGUCCAAAAUCUCUGCUGCUUGCAGCCCAAAACCCUAGAAACUUUUUCCGUCAAUUUAUUACUCUUUUUCAUUCAAUUUGAUCAUCUCUGUCUUCAUAAACUUAAUUAGCGCAUGAUCUCUUUGUUUUGAGCUUAAUCGUCAAUGGCCGCCUCGGAUUCGGAGCCUAAAGCGGUCUCUAAUGAAGAAGAGAAGCCGACGGUAGAGCCAAUAAGAAUGCCGACGAUGGAAGAGAUCCGAGGUCAAGAUAUUUGGAAUAAUUGUGCCGUUAGAAGCGUCGUCAGUGGAGUCAUGGGAGGCGGGCUCGGUCUAUUUAUGGGCUUAUUUCUCGGGGCUCUUGAUAAUCCUUUGAUGCGAGAGGAAAUGACCGCAAGGCAACAAUUUAUUUAUACAGCAAAGCAGAUGGGAAGUAGAAGCUGGAGUUCUGCGAAGGCAUUUGCAAUCAUGGGCCUUACUUUCUCGGCUGCUGAAUGCAUUGUGGAGAAGGCACGUGCAAAACAUGAUAUGACAAAUACAGUUGUCGCUGGUUGUGUCACGGGAGGGGCUAUGUCUGCAAGAGGUGGCCCCAAGGCUACUUGCAUCGGGUGCGCUGGCUUCGCGACAUUCUCCGUCCUUAUUGAGAAGUUCUUAGAUCGACAUACAUAACAAAUCAAUGUUCUUCGUCUCACAUUGAUUCCUCUACAAUCAAUAAUGUUUUGUAAUUCUCCCUAUCAUUAAGACAAUCGAUUUAAUUAGCAACAAAUUUUGUAUUCAAUAAUAUGUAACACUGUUGUAUUCUUUACUGUUGAGAACAGAUACUUGAACA